CCUGUUGAUCAAGCUUUAGCCUUUGAUACGUUUCAAUUAAGCAUCAACGACAGCUCACCACGACUUUACCACUAUUGAGCUUGUACCGGUUGUUUGAACACGAUAACUUGCAUAAGAAGUGCUACAGAACAACAUGGUGCUACUCACAAUGACGUCCUCUAUUCUGGAGGCGUUGUCGAUUGUCGAAGCUACAGAAACAUCACAAAUCGAAGAUCAUGACGGAACAGAGGAACAAGAAUCACAACAACCCACCAAAGAACCUACUUUAGACGACCCGGAACUUGGAAAUCCCAUAUCGCAUGGCCAAAUAGUUGAUCUGUGGAAGCAACUGAAAGCUCAAGGCAACUCAAACUUCACCCUCGAACAACUUCUUCGCGGCGCAUCUGUCUACAUCCCUCCUCCACCUCCCAAACCCGAACCCUCCCCCGAAUACAAAGCCCUAAUGGCCCGUCUCCGCCGCGAAGAAGAAGCCCGCACCUACGAACGAAUGAUAAACCCACCUCCCCAACACGAAACCUUCAAAGACCACUUCCCCUCCAGCGCCGCUGCCUUCGCCGCCGCAAACCGACCAACAUCCUCCGCAGACCUCGGCGACGACGACAUGGCGAUGGAAGAAGUGCACAAGCAAGUCACGCUGAUCAUCAACUUCCUCGUCAGUAUCGCCGGCGUCGCAGGAACAUUAUGGGUUACAGCUCGGUGGUGGAGUUUGCCGGCACGGAUGUUUCUGACGAUGGGUGGGAGUAUUCUUGUUGCUAUUGCGGAGGUUGUGGUGUAUAAUGCGUAUAUUUGGAAGAUGGACCAGGGGAGGAAGAAGCAUGGGAAAGUUAAGGAGGUUAGGGAGGUAGUUGAGAGUUGGGUGCUAGGGAAGGAUGAGGAUGAGAAGAGUGUUUUGAUCAAGGAGAAGGAUAGAACGGAAGAUGGAGUGAGGAAACGAAAGACAGAAGCGAAGGUCGAGACAUGAUCUAAGCAUAUACCGUAAUAUCAUAAUAUUUAAUUAGAAGAGAAUGAGGACGCCAGCUUCACAACUGGCAAUGCGAUAUUCGCUUUACAUCGAUAUUGAGGCUUCUUU